GUAAUGAGGCUAUAGGUCGGAAGAGGACCUGCUCCUCCGGACUGAUUUGCCCACACAGACCUUCCCGGCUGGGGCCCUGGCAUGAGGGAGGAAGGGGCGCGGGGCUGCUGUCCUUCUCUGGCUGGAGUGGGGCGGGUUCCCUUCUGGCGACCGCGCGGUUACUCGCGCAGCCGCGCAGAGCAAGCUCCGGCUUGGCCGGGACGCGGAGCGAAGGCGGCGCGCCGCUUUGCGGCGGCGUUUUCCUUCCCUCCCACCGCCGCGGCGUCCCCAAGGACUGUUGAAGCGCAGCCGCCCUCCAGGUGUCCUGGCCGUGGAGGCCCUUGGAGAGCCCCCGGCUCAGCUCCGGCUCCCCGGCGCCAGAUGCGGACUCGGCGACAAGUUCUCCCGCGCUCGCCAUUCUCGGUCCCGGAGUCGCGCCGGCGGAGCAGGAGCUGAGACCCGAGACCCGAGGGAGGAGCAGGGACGCGGAUCAAUGAAGGGAAGGAGAGGAAGGAAAACUGAUGAGUAGAAGCAGCUACUUAAUUCCACUCAACAAGUAGUUGCGCACAUCUGCAGAGGCUCGGUGAGGGCCACGUGCCUGAGACCUCCCAAGCUCAGCUCUCUGUUCCCUUUGGGAAGUGUCGCCUGGUAUCCCUCCAGCGCCCCCCGCCCGCUUCAAGAAGUCCCGUUUGGCGACGGGUGUGUGUGCGGUGGCGGGGAAGGAUGAGAAACUCCGUUCUUCAGCUCUGCCUCUGGAGCGUCUAUUGUUGCUUUGCCGCGGGAGGCCCCGCAACCCUCGGUCCAGAGGGACCGUUACAAGAUGAGCUCCACGGCCCCGAGGAUGGACAGGUUGUUGACAAACCCGCCGUGCGGUUUAACCUCCGCACCUCCGAGGACCCAGAGCACGAAGGAUGUUACCUCUCCUUUGGCUACAACCAGACCCUAGAAGACUGUGGCUUCAACAUGACAGCCAAAACCUUUUUCAUCAUUCAUGGAUGGACGAUGAGUGGCAUAUUUGAACAGUGGCUGUACAAGCUCGUGUCAGCCCUGCGGACGAGAGAGAAAGAAGCCAAUGUCGUGGUGGUUGACUGGCUGCCCCUGGCUCACCAGCUUUACACAGACGCGGUCAACAACAUCAGGAUGGUGGGACAGAGCAUCGCGAGGCUGCUGGAUGGGCUGCAGGAGAAGGAUGAUUUUUCUCUUGGGAAUGUUCACUUGAUCGGCUACAGCCUUGGAGCUCACGUGGCCGGGUACGCUGGCAACUUCGUGAAGGGCACGGUGGGCAGGAUCACGGGUUUGGAUCCCGCCGGGCCCAUGUUCGAACGGGCAGACAUCCACAGCCGGCUGUCCCCCGACGACGCAGACUUUGUGGAUGUCCUUCACACCUACACGCGCUCCUUCGGCUUGAGCAUCGGGAUCCAGAGGCCCGUGGGCCACAUCGACAUCUACCCCAAUGGGGGCGACUUCCAGCCAGGCUGUGGGCUCAACGACAUUUUGGGGUCAAUUGCCUAUGGAACGUUCGCAGAGGGGGUGAGAUGUGAGCACGAGCGGGCCAUAUACCUCUUUGUCGACUCCCUGAUGCAUCAGGAUGAGCCGAGCUUCGCGUUCCAGUGCACGGACUCGAACCGCUUCAAAAAGGGGAUCUGUCUCAGCUGCCGGAAGCACCGUUGUAACAGCAUCGGCUACAACACCAAGAAAACGAGGAACAAGAGGAACAGCAAGAUGUACCUAAAGACCCGGGCGGGCAUGCCUUUCAGAGUUUAUCACUACCAGAUGAAAAUCCACGUCUUCAGCUAUAAGAACACGACGGAAAUCGAGCCCACCUUUUAUGUCACCCUUUAUGGCAUCAAUGCAGACUCCCAGAUGUUGCCUUUGGAAACAGUGGAGCAGAUCGGGCUGAAUGCCACCAACACCUUCCUGGUCUACACAGAGGAGGACUUGGGGGACCUGAUGAAGAUCAGACUCACCUGGAAGAGGGCAUCUCAGUCCUGGUACAGCCUGUGGACUGGGUUUCGCAGCUUGCUGUCCCAAUCCCCAAAGUCCAAGCAGGAAGUGAAUAUCAGGCGCAUCCGGGUCAAGUCUGGGGAAACCCAGCAGAAAUUUGCUUUUUGUGCAGAAGACCCUGAGAACACCAGCAUAUCCCCUGGCCAAGAGCUCUGGUUUCACAAGUGUCCGCACAGAUGGAGACUAAUAAAUGAAACCAGGCAAACUGUGGAGCUUCCCUGAGGGUGCCAGCAAGGCCUCUGCCACACUGUCCAAGCACAUGGAGGAAAGUUACUGCUGAGGACCCACCUGAUGGAAGGACUCCUCUUGGCCUUGACCCUGGAGCACAGGGAAGAGCCUGCUUGGGGGGCCCAGGACCUUGAUCGCUACAACUGAGACUUCCCACCAGAGGGGACCAUGCGCUGCUGUUCUUGCUGCUCCUGCUGCUCCUGCUGCUCCUGCUGCUGCCCUAGAAUAGCUUGAAGGACAGAUCUGUGGCAAACACCUGGCCUCUUGUGCACACCGGGCUGGCUCUUGUGACUGGGUGAGCCUGUGCUUUGCCUGACAAGGGGCAGUGGCUCUGCGUGGAAGGCCGCCAGCUGCCUGGCCCCACCUGAGCCACUGGGAGGCCUUCCCACUGGGAGUUGACUCAUGUCGGGAUGGCAGACCUGUGUCCUUGUUCACCCAGACACAGUCGAUCUGGGGCAAGGCUGAAGCCCUCAUUGACCUGGGGUCAAUGAACUGCACUGAUCAAUAUCGGUCAAACUUUUUUUGACCUUCUGCCCUGCUCCUUAACUCACUCUUGAAAGCACACAUUGGCUUUUUAAUUUUUCUAUUGCUCAUUUUUUUUUGACUGGACAAUUUUUUUAAGCACUUAACCUUAAUGGGGUUGGGAUUUCUAGGCUCCCUUCAAGUUUAGAUGACCCAUGAAUAUAUAUGUGAGGAAGGCACAAGGGACAUUGUGGGGAGCCAGAGGAUGCAAGAGUUGGGGGCCCUGAGGCUUUCAGCAGUUUCUGUCCACUUCUUCUCAGUUGACAUGUACAUCCCCCCGAGAGUGGCCUGGUUGAUGGCCAGCAGAGUAGCAAGCAGGUACCCUACAUGCUGGGGACCAGAUGGUGGCCAACUGCCAGAUACAGUUGCUUUGGAGCAUAAUCUCUCCUGUCCAGGAAGGGUGAAGGUGUCACAUAUGUGAUGCAUGUCUGUUUACCCAGAACUGUCACCUGUCGAACAGCGGGUGCUCAGAUGUGACCCAGCGUUUUUCCUUCCUUGGAACGUCUUGUUCUAACACCAGCCUCUUGUCUGUGUUGAACUUCUUCAGAAGCCCCCAGCUCUUCAUUUGAGCUAAUAUACAUGAUGCCUGAGAAACCCUUUUUCACUUUGCAAAAGAUUUUCAUGUGGGUCGCCUCACUGGAGAUCAAAGACGGGAGGUGAACAGGGAAGCCAUUAUCCCCAUUUCACAAAACCAAUGCUCCGUGAGGGUCAGCCGUGUGCCUAGCAUUGUAUACCUAGUUGGUGCUGGGGCUCCGCGAGGACCCAGAAUUCCUGGAGGCAAAGUCCUUGGUGUGUUCGUCUCUGCAACUUUGUCAAGACUUCCACAGCCCCUUCUCACCAGGGAGCCCUGCAUGUGACAAGUAGAGAAUAGUGUUCAAAGCCAUCCCUAAAGCCCCAAGGAAAACAUCUGUGCCAGGGUUUGGGCUUUUACAGAUGAGAUUUAUUUGGAAGGAGAUAUGAUAUCAGGCGGGGUGAAGAGUGAUUUUUGUACUUAGGGUUUGAAGGGACACCGUUUUACUCUCUCUGUGCCAAAGUUGCAUCCUUGUUCAAUGCCAAGCUUCAGAAGACAUAACCAGUCCAGUCGUAAGUCAAGGUAUUUUUUCUAUCCAAUUGUGUGUUCGUCUGUUCUUUCUGUGAUUGCUUUCUAGCCAAAGUGGAGCUUAUAUUACUGACGGAGCCUCCUGGUCGCUUCUGACCUGUUUUUAGUAAUGGAAGCCUUGGGAGUCCAGUCCUCAGUGGGUCCUGUAUUUAUACAUUUGGCUUGAAGAUUUAUUUGUAUAUGAUGAUGCUUUUUUAAAAAUGCUAUGCAGAACAUUAUUUAUUUCUUGUGUAUGUAAUGUAUAAAAACAAAAAACAAAUAUAUGGUUAGUUUUUA